GACACCCCCCUGGGGGCACUGGGAGCACUGGGACACCCCCCUGGGGGCACUGGGAGCACUGGGGACACCCGUUUUCCCAUUGUGGGACACCCCGGGGGCACUUGUAGCCCUGGGACACCCCCCUGGCUGUACUGGGAGCGCUGGGAACACCCGUUUUCCCAGUGUGGGACACCCUGGCUGUACUGGGAGCACUGGGACACCCCCCUGGGGGCACUGGGAGCACUGGGACACCCCCUGGGAUCCCUGGGAACACCCGUUUUCCUGGUGUGGGACACCCUGGCUGUACUGGGAGCACUGGGACACCCCCUGGGUGCCCUGGGAACACCCGUUUUCCUGGUGUGGGACACCCUGGCUGUACUGGGAGCACUGGGACACCCCCCUGGGGGUACUGGGAGCACUGGGACACCCCCUGGGAUCCCUGUGAACCCCCGUUUCCCCCGUUUCCCCGUUCCCCGGCAGCUGCGGCGGGAGACGGGGGCGCAGAUCGCGGUGCGGGAGGCCGAGGAGGGGGAGGCCCCCGAGGAGGGGGCCCUGGUGCGGAUCUGGGGGUCCCCGGCGCGGGCGUGCCGGGCCAAGGCGGCCGUGCUGAGCCUCGUGGCCGACUGUGCCCCCGUGGCCGAGGAGCUGCGAGUGCCCGGCAGGGCCCUGGGCAGGAUCAUCGUGGCCCCCGUCCAGCUCGUCCACAUCUCGGGGACGCGCCGGGAGGUCGAGGCCGCCAAGCGGCUGAUCCUGGAGAAGCUGUCGGAGGACGCGGCGUUCCGCAGGGAUCUGGCCCAGGCCGCCGCCUCCCGCUGCCCUCGGAAGCAGCCCCUGGGCAGCCGCCGGGACCCGGAGCCGCUUCCCGCCGGGAUGUCGGAGCACUGGGAGCCGGAGUGGUGGGAAGGGACAGUCCCGGGGCAGCGGGACGGGAGCCAGGGGACGGAGGAGCCGGAGCUCGGGAACGAGGAACCGGAGGUCGGGAACGAGGAGCCGGAGGUUGGGAAGGAGGAGACGGAGCUCGGGAAGGAAGAGAUGGAGCUCGGGAACGAGGAGACGGAGGUUGGGAAGGAGCUGGAGGAGCUGGAGAACGGGAACGAGGAGGUGGAGCUCGGGAUGGAGCUGAAGGAGCUGGAAAAUGGGAAUGAGGAGCUGGAGAAUGGGAAUGAGGAGCCGGAGAACGGGAAGGAGGAGCCGGAGGAGCCGCCGGUGGAAAAGUUUGAGGUUCCCAGCCCGGAGCUGAGCUUCCCCGCGGAGGAGCCGCUGGAGGUGUUCGUGUCGGCGGCCGAGAGCCCCGGGCACUUCUGGGUGCAGCUGCUGGGCAGCCGCUCCCUGCAGCUGGACAAGCUCACCCGCGAGAUGGGGCACUACUACGGCGGCACCCACCCCUGCCCCCCUGUGUCCGUCCGUCCCGGUGACAUCGUGGCGGCCCCGUACCCCGGGGACGGGCAGUGGUACCUCCCCUCACUGUCCCCCUGUCCCCUGUCCCCUGGCUGUCCCCUCACUGUCCGUCUGUCCCCAGUGCCCCCCUGUUGCCCCCCUGUAUCCGUCCGUCCCGGUGACAUCGUGGCUGCCCCGUACCCCGGGGACGGGCAGUGUUCUCGGGCAGGGAACGACUGGGAGGAGGCUGCCCUGGAGGCGUUUGAGGGGCUGACGGGCUGUGCCCAGUGGAGGCCGUUGGAGGCCCAGCUCUGCAGCUUCUGCCCGGCCACGCCCUGGCCCCGGCCCAGCCUGCGCCUCUUCGCCCGCCACCACGGACAGGUGGGGCAUUCCGGCAUUCCCGACAUUCCAGCGCCGUUCCCCACAUUCCCGCUGGUCCCACCGCCAUUCCCAACCUUCCCGGUGCUCCCACCGCCAUUCCGAACGUUCCCCGUGUUCCCACCACCAUUCCCAACCUUCCUGGUGCUCCCACCACCAUUCCCG